CGUGGCGCAGCUUACGACAGGUGCGCUACUAAUCGACAUGAUUCCUAGUUGUUUUGUGUAGUGUUUGAACCCGUAAUCUCUGUUACACUGCAACUAUAGUUUUGUGUUGAGAAGCAGAACUUUCAAAUAAUUGGGCUUAAAUCUCAAUAAAUUUACUCUGAUAUGUUAUGAAAUGGAAGGGAAUUACUUCGAUCUUGAUAUUCCUUUUGAAGCAAUGAACGCGCACCUCCUUGCACGCUUGCUUGAUUGUGGAUAUUACUAUGUGGCGGUCAGUCAGUCUGUAUCAGUAGAUGACUUCAAUUUCGAAGUUAAAUCAGAUUCCACUACUAGGAAGAAAAACAAAGAAGAAAGACAAGCUAUGCGUCAGAACCUCACUGCUAAGUUAGAACCCCCUUCUCCAGAUGUUCUUCAAGCUUAUAUUAAUGAAAGUAGUAUGUUCAGAGCUUCCGUGUCGCCUUCCGCUAUAUCAUGUAAACCACGAAUAUUCACACGUUUGACUAUAUAUUGCAAUAAUGCUGAAAAUGCUGGUUUAUUCUUCCGUCAAUUUGAGGAUAAACUUGGUGCCUUCGACGUUGUGAGUUUCUGUCCUACUUCCAAUAGCGCUUUUGCAUAUGCAUGUGAAAAGGCUGUGAACAUUGACCUUAUAUCUUUAGACCUUACAAAAUCAAGUGAAAUUCGACUGUUAAGUAAACAAUGCAAUUUGAUGAUGUCACGAGGUAUUCACUUAGAAUUCCAACUUGCUCCAGUACUUCGCUCUUCCUCUGGAACCUAUAGCGCACGUACAGUCUUAUCACAGUAUUUCAGCAGCUUACUCUGCAUAGCACGGAAGUCAUUUACAAAUAUGAUAGUCGUCAGUUCGGGGGCGUCAAGCGGGUGGGAAGUCCGUCGACCAGUGGCUGUAUCUGCAAUGCUUGGUUGUCUAGGUCUGCAACCUCAGGAGGCAACUCACUCUUGUCUUACCAAGGCGCCUUUCGCAGUAGUGACUCAUGGUCUUAUACGAAGCAAAACAGUACAUGGUGCAGCUGCACUGCUUAGACUUUUGUCUAUGCCAAAUGUAUCUUCUAUCGUUGUUAAACCUACUGUAAAUAAACAAACUACAGACGAAGCUAGUUGUGUAGAAGAUCAAUUACCUUGUAAGAAGAUAAAACUGACGCAGUGAUCCCUGUUUAUUAUUUUAUUACUUACAUAGGACGUAUAUUUCUUUAUGAGAAAAACACUGACAGAUUUUAUUCCAAAAAUAUCUUUCCUCUACUAA